AUGGACUUCGUUAAGGAUCUGAAGAGUAGCCAGGACUAUAUGAACAACGAAUUAACCUAUGGAGCACACAAUUAUGACCCAAUUCCAGUUGUUUUAAAGAGAGGAAAAGGUGUGUUUGUAUAUGAUAUUGAAGAUAGGAGGUACUACGACUUUUUGUCAGCGUACUCAUCAGUAAAUCAAGGACAUUGUCAUCCUGAUAUUUUGAAUGCAAUGAUAAAUCAGGCCAAAAAAUUAACAAUAUGUAGUAGGGCAUUCUUUAGUGAUUCACUAGGUGUUUGUGAACGAUUUCUUACAAGUAUAUUUGGUUAUGAUAAAGUGUUAAUGAUGAAUACAGGGGCAGAAGCAAAUGAAUCAGCUUACAAGUUAUGUAGGAAAUGGGGAUAUGAAAUAAAAAAAAUUCCAGAAAAUUCUGCAAAAAUUAUUGUGUGCAAUAAUAAUUUUUCAGGAAGAACAUUAGGUUGUGUAUCUGCAUCCACAGAUAAAAAAUGUAAAAAUAAUUUUGGUCCAUUUGUACCAAAUUUUCUUAAAAUACCUUAUGAUGAUUUAGAAGCUUUAGAACAAGCUUUACAAGAUCCACAUGUUUGUGCAUUUGUUGUUGAACCAAUACAAGGGGAAGCAGGUGUUAUUCUACCAUCUGAUAAUUAUUUUAAAGGUGUUGAGAAAUUAUGUAAAAAAUAUAAUGUAUUAUUUGUAGCAGAUGAAGUUCAGACAGGGUUAGGUAGGACAGGUAAAUUAUUAUGCACCCAACAUUAUGGUGUUAAACCCGACGUUAUUUUACUUGGUAAAGCAUUAUCAGGUGGACAUUAUCCCAUAUCGGCUAUUUUGGCAAAUAAUGAUAUAAUGCUUGUUUUAAAACCUGGUGAACAUGGAUCAACUUAUGGAGGUAAUCCACUUGCAGCUGCAAUAUGUGUAGAAUCAAUGAAGGUGUUAAUAAAUGAAAAAUUAUCAGAAAAUGCUGAAAAAUUAGGUGGACCAUUCUUAGAAGAACUUAAAAGAGAAUUAAAAGAUAGUAAAAUUAUUCGAGAAAUUAGAGGAAGAGGUUUGUUGUGUGCCAUUGAAUUUAAAAAUGAAAUAAUUAAUGUAUGGGAUAUUUGCUUAAAAUUAAAGGAAAAUGGACUUAUUACAAGGUCUGUGCAUGACAAAACAGUUCGUUUAACUCCUCCCCUUUGUAUUACCAAGGAGCAGUUAGAUGAAUGUAUACAAAUUAUUUCAAAAACGAUUAAAUAUUUUGACGAUAAUUUGUAA